AUGGGUGAAACCAGUUAUGCUUACUUGAUAGCCGGUGGUUCUGCCGUUGCAGUCACAUUGCUCUUAUCUCGGAAGUACAUCGAGGCAAUGAUAAGGGGAGACUACGGGAGAAAAAGCACCCCUACCCUUGAGAAGAAACCAAAGUAUCAUUCUUCCAGAGACGAUCCGAUUCCACAGCCCACACCGCUGUACAUUACUCCGGAACAAGUCUCCACUUAUGAUGAUAGACCAUGGAGACCUUUUAGAUGGCCUUAUCAUCAGACCAUGUCUAUUUUCAAACUGGACGUAAACCACUGGCUGGAUAUGGACAAAUAUUACGUGGAUUACAUCAAGGAGAAGGAGAGAGUAUAUCACAGGUAUGGUGAUGAGAAUAUCGGGUGGCUUCCUGGGUCAGAAUUGGCCUGCCGUGAAUUGAUGGAUAUGGUGAGAGACCACAUGCUCAAGCGCUACCCACUUCUAUUCACCAGUGAGGAUGAGGGCCAACACGUAAAAAAUGAGUUAACCGGAGAGCUGUUGGAUAUGACCGAGCCUUUGAAGGAGCACCCAUUGAUUUACGUUUCCAAAAUGGCCAAAGAGGAUUUUUAUAUCGUGCUGAAGAAUAAGGACGAUGGUAAGCAUUAUCUCAUGGCUGCUGCCGUUCCAUUUCCCGGUGGUUCUUUUGGAAUCAAGAAUAAGUUGGGAAAACAUCUUGAUAUCAUCCAUUCAGAGGUUCCUUAUUACGAAUCUAAGCUCAAGCCUUCUAUGGAGAAAUGGUUUGCAAAGAUGGCACCUGCAGAUUUAGUGGAAAGAGCUUCCUGGUACAUCUCCUGGGAUCACAAAUUGCUGUGCAAUAACGUGUAUGCCCUCCAGGAUGGUGCCAAAGUAGAUUCUGAUAUUGAGCCUACAGAGUUCAACGUCAGAGUUGAGAGACAAACCCUGAGAAGACUGCCGAAGUCAGAUGCCAUUAUCUUCACAAACCACCCGGUCUUCUAUAACAUUGACGAAAUGAAGGACGAACCUUUGAUCCCCUCGCUGAUCAGAAAAAUUAUUUUCGAGGCUCCAGAAGGAAUCUGCAAAUACAAGAAUUUUGCGAGUUUCAGGGACCACCUGGUACCAUAUCUGGAUGAGUUGGUUCAGAGGCAAUUAGACUUGGGUCUAAUCACAGAGGAUACUCCUCUCAAAACGUUGCCAACAUAUCCAUUCUCAAAUUUUUUCAAGGAUUCCAAUGAAGAGAAGGGUUGGAACAACCCUGUACAUCCUAACAACAAUUACAGGGAGAAGCUUGAGAAAGAAAUCAAAGAAACUGAAAAAAAGGAGGAUGCUAGCAAGCUGGUGUAG